CCAAAGACACAGCACGAUAUUCAGUUUCAAAAACCAGCAUUUAAUGGUGCCAACUUGAUUACCUUUAAAGUUUAAGUGGCUGUCUUGCUGUUGUUUAUGGGGAGAGAAUUCGGAAACACGAAAUCGGAUAUUUUUUUAAUGAAACUAUUUGUUUACAGUUUCAUAGCGAUAGGUCAGUUUAUAAGUCUAGAAGUUAUUAACAUACGUAUUUUCCAUUUGUCUUUAACGGAGUUUAUGUAGCUUACCCUUCGUAAUUCCCUAUAAAAGAAAUAGCUAUAUCAAGUUUAAUACAAUUUUUUCAGAGGUCUCAAAAGAUGUACUUGGAAGUGCAUUUAGGCAUUUAGGAUCUUAUGUUAAGUGAUAUUCGGGUUAAACCGAAUUAAACCAAAAUAAAAAAAUCCAAUUAAAUGUGGUCUCCGUCUGCUGUACCAAGUUUUGUCCAAAUUCGUGUGCUCAUAAUUUCCGACAGACGAACAUGACGAAACCAUACAAUUAUUCUGUUAUUUUGUCAGCUACUCUACGUUAUGUCUAGCUGCAACACUGUCGAAUAUGAUUCUGUUCAUCAGGUUGCGAUACCGCACUGUCUGUGGACUACGAUACAGAAGGCCACAGCCUGAACUUUAAGUCAUUAAAUUUCAUGUCUUUAUUCCACUUUUAUUUAUUUUUAAUCACAAGAACUAUUUAGUUACGUCUAGUUCUUUGGAACCUAGUUCUUAAUGGGCGAAGUAAAGACAUCACAGCUCAGCAACGAUAUAAAAAAAUUAGUGAAGACAAUUUAAUGGGGUUGCACUCGUUAAUUCUCGUGGAGGGUAUAUAAAGUUGACGGAACUGAAGAUUUCUUAUUGGUCGAUAAAAUAAAAAUUUGAAAACGGGAACCAGUAAAACGUGAGAGUUGCUUGUGUUGGCCAAUAUGCCUGCUAGGCGUAUUGGCUAUGCGGGUUAACUAUCACGCUCAGAUAUUCAGAUUCUGUGUCAAGUUGCUCUCGCUUCCACAGAGUUGUCCACUUUGAGUAAGGAGUACAGUCUGCACUCUGCUAGACGUGGUUAUUUCAGAAACAUAAUAUCAUGCAGAUCCCAGAGAACCCUCGAGAAUAAAGCUGACACUCCAGCUGAUCGACGACACCUGUAAUCAAGGAUGAGUUCUGCGGGCGACGUGGGAUCUCCUCAACAGUCCCCGACCCAGGAAGCGGUGCCCACCAUCGGAAGUAAGCCACGGCUGCAGUCGCCGCUGGAUUACCGGAACGGGGACCUGGUAUCACGUCUCCUGGCCGCCACACCGCCGUACUUGUAUAACAUGCCACUCGUUCCGCACAGUUUCUUCUUCAGCGAGAUGCUGCGUAGUUUCGUACAGGCCAAGACGGAAGGCAGUAGUGGGCAAUCUUCUGCCGUGCGCGGAUCCUCCGUGGUAGCGGCUCAGCAACGGCGCAGUAGGAAACGUUCGUGGAGAGAAGCCAGUACGGAGAGGACGAAACCGCCAUCCGUGCUAGGACCGACACUAGACAAGCCUCUGGAACUAACUACUACGUCCAGAGGACAUCCUCAGCCUCCACCACCACUUCCGCCUCCACAGGAGGAGAAAUCUCCCGCUCCCCCUUCGUCACCUCCCACUCUUCCACCACCACCGCCUCCAUUGCUUCUUCCACCGUGCGGACUUCUCCCCCUUCCAUCUCCAGACACGUCACUACCUCCAGACAUGUUGCUUCCGCCUCCUCCUCCGCUGUGGUAUCCGCCACUGUACCCUCUUCCUCCACAACCCCCUUAUGGAAUUGACCCCUUACACUUCUUCAUAGACCUGCGUGUAUCGGGACAUAUUUGGGAUCGAAAGUUGGGAAAAGAUACGCCUCCAUCUAGUGAGCAGUUAAUUCACCAAAGUGGAGCAGUCGCUCCAGACGAGAAGCCUCUACAAAGGUCAUUGUCUGUAGGUAACUCCAGCGGUCCUUCAUCCUCGUCGUCCUCGCUGGUGAAGCAGAGUAAACACUGCUCGGCCUUCAGCGUGCCUCAACCAAGAGGACACCAUUCACCGGGUGUUGAAUGCAGUAGCAGGCGCGAUUCGGGAUCCUCCUGCACAACAAACUACGUGCUACAAAAUCUGUCACGCAUCUACAAAGACGUGAGGAAGAGCCACCAGGAAACAUGUGAGCAGGACGACGAAAAGUCCUCAUCGACUGGAGGACAAAACGGGGAGGACAAGCCUCGUUGUAAGGACCUCAGAGCCCUCAUCGGUUUGGAACUAGUCGUGGAUUACGUGAAACACGAAGGUGGGUCCAAAGCAUCGCGUCGCAGCGAAAGUCCCAGUGAGGCGUCCGGUAGCGAGACCACUGUGGACGUAAUCGGACACGACAAACUCCAGACCUCGACUCCUCCAACCGCCGAGCAUGAUGUCAUGAGACAACUGUAGAUGUUACCCGCCGCCCAUAACAUGGGAUUGCUUAGAAGGCAGCUCAAGUCCUGCCCCUUGGAUUUCAGAAAACUGAAUAGUUGUAUGAUUUGAGGUUUUCACAGCGGUGAGUAUGAAGAUUUCUGUCUUCUGGGCU